AUGGAGGUUCAUUCGAGACUUAAAAAAAUAAAAUGUACUAAACUAAUGGCAUUUGAUGCUAAUGGUUUGUACGCUUUAGCAAUGUCGGAUUUAUACAGUGAAUAUCCAAAAGCAGAAAGUGCUAGAACAGCUAUUUUAACAGUGUGGUUUGACUAUCCCAAAAACAUGUUCUUCCAACCGAUACCAGCUAAAGAUAAUACCACUUUCAUGAAUAAAGAAGGAAAAAAGGAAACUGGCAGUAAAAUCAGGUUUAGAAAUGGUUUCUGUUCAGAUGUUUUAACAUCGGUCGAUAUUCAAGAAAUAGUUAAAGCCGGUGGACGAAUUAUUAGAAUAUUAGAUGGCAAGAAUGAUUAUGGUGAUGGUGGAAUCAUAUUUGGUUUAUAUUUAGCGCCAAAAGUCAAAUAUAAUAUCAUUCUAACUUCUGAUGGUGUUUUAAAAGAAAAGAAAACGUUUAAGGGUUAUUCUAAUAAUAAGACAAGUGUAGAAGAUUGUAUUCAGUUGGCUAGUGAACAUGAUGUGUCGAAUGAAUUUAAUAAAAGAUGGGAAAGGAGUUUCAUGAAUGGAGUAGUUAUUCCAAAGGAUGAUGAUAAACAAAAGAAAGUUUUUAGAAGUUAUUUGAAUCUUGUAAAGAGAAAACCACCAAACAGUGAAGGAAUUAUGUUUCCUUGUAGUGAUAAAGAUGAGUAUAGUUUUGAUGAAAACUAUGAAUUUGAUGAUUUCGAUUACAUAUAUUUUCAAGAAGAGAAUGAAGAGUGA